AUCUGAAUAUGUGAGAAAAAAGAAAACAUACCCAAAUAAGCUAAAAGAUUUUAUUUGACAUACCCUAUGUACUAUUUUAUGAUACAUAAUCCAAAUCAUUGAUUUAAAAGUUUCAGCAGUUUUCGUAGUAUCUGAUUUUAAACGCCUUUGCAGUCAUAUCUAUUAGUAUGCAUACAAUCAUAUUGUAUUGAUUGGCUUAAUAGGUUUCUCUUAAAGCAGAGCUUAAAAGUAGUUUAAUAUCCAUGACUUCAACGGCCGCAAGGAUAGUAUUAUUUAUUAAUUGUGCAGGACUAACGCAAUCAUGGUAAAGGGUGGUCAUAUUAGAAAUGGACUUAUAUUAUUUACAUAUUUGCAGUAUGAAAUAUUUGGAGGAGAAUUUUCUUACAGCAGUCCAAACAGCCAGCGAUAUAUUCUAUUGUCAAGUUUGAACAUAACUCACAUAAAUGGAUUUAUCAAUUUUAAAGUACAGUCUUGUAAUGAUGUCCACUUUGCUCUAAUUUCUGGACAAACCGAAUAUGAUCCUUUAUACGAAAUAGUCAUCGGUGGAUGGGGUAAUUCGAAAUCAGUUAUUCGGACAAGCAAGCAAGGCUCUCCUGUUGCACAAACGUCUGGGUCAUAUCUAAAUUGCAACGAGUUCGUGGAAUUCUGGAUAACUUGGAAUAAUGUAACUAUUACAUUAGGGACUGGCGUGAAAACUUUUUUUAAUACGGGAUUUUUAAAUUGGUCUCUUCAAAGUGGAUUAUUAUCAAUUCUCGACUCUGGCUUUUAUACUGCUUUUGGAUCAACAGGGGAGUGGAUAUUUUAUACACAAGAGUCAAUCACAGAAGCAAUAGAGGUAACCACAGACGCAAUAGAAGUAACCACAGAAGCAAUAGAGGUAACCACUGCAUUGUCAUGUAUGUGUCCAUGUAUACACAAUACAAUUCAUAUUGACACAUCAAACCUUACCAAGGAAGAAUUAAUGGUUAUUUUACAUGACGAAUUACAAUUGAUGAAAAAUACACUUAAAAUAGAAAAACAGUUUUCUUCGAAAUAUUUAAGGAGACUUAAUUCAGCACCAGAUAAUAGAACCUCAUCAAAAUCUAUGGGAUCAGUUGCAGUUUGCAUAAUAUUUAUGCCAAUAAGUUUGUCUAUUGUAUCAGAUAUAGUGAAACUGCGUGUCUAUUUAAAACGAAAGAAAGCCAAACUGCUUAAGAGAAAAUGACACGAAGAUUAUUCUUUUGAUGACGAUGCAGAUGAAUAUUAAAUUUUUAAUAAGAAUAUUGUGAAUAGUGACAGUUUUGAGAACGCUAUGCAAUGAUGAAACAUUCAUUAUCUGUGAUAUCUAUUUUGUAGAUUCUCACCCCUUUCUAUAAUGUUUAUUUUUUAAGGAUGUAGUAGAUUCAUGUUGCCAUAAUCAGAAGAAAAAAUCUGUUACCUCCUUAAAUGUAAAUUUAUUUGUACUUUUCUGUACAUUUUUAAAGUUUUUCGUAGCAGCAAUGUAAUGACUGUAAUAUAGAAAAUACAUGACGAAUACACAACUAAUCGUCUACAAAACACUUAAUAAAAAGCAAAAAAAAAAAAAACAGAAACACGAACAACACCAAAUACCAGGGUUGAUCUCAUGUGCUCCAGAAGGAUAAGCAGCUAUUGCUUGUUCAUGGUACGUACAAAGUCGCUGUUCAGUCUGAUUCGGUGAUGCCACAACCGAUGAAAAAAGAUGGGAGUGUUGCUACGACAAUUGGAACAUAUCAGUGGUCAUCUGUAACACAGAUAUUCCAUCACGGUCAACUUGCUCAUAAUGGGCUUCCAUAAAACUUGCAAAGGAACGACUUUCAAUGUACCGCUUGAAACCCUUGGUUUAAUAGCUUCCUUGUAAGCAGCAACCCUCUUUCAGGGAAAUUAUGAUAGAAACACAAAUCUGUAAUAUUGUAUCAACUUGGAUGUAUAUACUCAAUAUGCAGACGUUGCUGAAAGGUUGGUACAUAGAAAUGUAAAAGUUCACAUUGGAAAGCUGAAACCAUAUUUUAACAAUUUCAGUACGUCAUCACGAUACACUCUUUAUCUUAUUGCAUCUGUAGCAUGCAUCAAGAAAUAUUGGCUGUAUGGCCACUAGCCAUUUUUUUAGAUUAGAGGUUAACAACACUUUCUUCAAGAUAUGGAUAUAUAUAUAAACAAAGACAGUACCCCGCACUUCAUACAAAAGAGAAUGAAAUAUAAAAAGAAGAAGAUAAGGUAUGAUAAACCAGGUUGAAUCCACCAUUUUCUACAAAAGGAAAUGCCUGUACCGAGUCAGGAAUAUGACAGUUGUUUUCCAUUCGUUAGAUGUGUUUUAGCUUUUGAUUUUGCCAUUUGAUAAGGGACUUUCUGUUUUGAAUUUUCCUUAGAGUUCGUUUUUUUUAUCAUUUAACUUUUUCCUCUUAUAUACAUACACCAACAAAGUUAGAACAUUGCGAAUAUGUAUCGCAAAGUCUGCUAGAGAUGGUUGAACGCGAGAAUAAACCGGUUUACAGCACAGUGAAAAACGACAACUUCUGAUGAUGAUCUUGAUUCGACACAUAGUUAUUUACAGUAAGUUUCUGAGUUCUCAAACCUAUCUAUAUUUUUCAUUUCGGUCACUGGAAUACAAAAAGCAAAAACAAUAAACUCACAAUGAAACUUAGCUCGGUAUAUGUGGUUAGUUUUGGUGAAUAGGUAUGGAAGGUCGGACCAAAAUUAGAAGAUGUUCAAAAUUGUAAAUUAUUACUAUAUUAUUAAUACGUUAAUGUUUUGCCAUUUUAUACUAUUCGUUCUUAUUUCUUGAGCUCGUGAAGAAAGUCCAAUGUUUACUAUUUUAUGUUUAUUAAAUGUGAUAGAAUCCA